CUACGAAGGUGUCAAGGAGCCCAGUUGGACCACAGCCAGGAUGAUAAUGUUUGAUACUUGCAAGGAGCCAGACCUGUGCAUUGUCUAUGGGGAACCCAUCAGGCAAAAGCCCAUCAUCCAUAAGAGAAGGGAGGGUCAGCAGGAAGCCCACCCAGUUGAUGAGGAGGAUGAACCCCUUUUUCAUGGAGGAAGUUCCAGAGCCUCCUGGAAAAUCACAGUACAGACGAUUCCUGGUGCUGCUAAAGAGCAGGAUGUGUGCAUUGUGGGUGAGGAAAACAUCUGGCAGUACUCCAACACCUGCAUGAGAAAGACGUGUUUGCAGAAAAUCAGCUCAGGGGAGGGUCCACUUUACAGCAAAGGAGACUCCAGUGUCCCAAGUAAAACUCCAGCCCAGGCUGUUGUUGAUGCCACAGCCAGGAUGAUGAUGCUUGAUACUUUUAAGAAGCCAGACCUGUGCAUUGUCUAUGGGGAAUCCAUCAGGGCAAAGCCCAUCAUCCAUAAGAGAACUGAGGGUCAGCAGGAAGCAUACCCAGUCGAGGAGGAGGCGGAGGUACCCCUUCUUCGUGGAGGAAGUUGCAGAUCCCCCUGGGAAAUCAUGUUGGAGACAGUUCCUGGUGCUGCUAAGGAGCAGGAUGUGAGCAUUGUAGGUGAGGAAAACAUCUGGCACAACCCCAACAAUUGCGUAAGAAAGGAGUGUUUGCAGGACACCCACUCAGUGGAGAGUCCCAUUCACAACAAACUAAACUCCAGAGUCCCCAGUGAACCUCCAGCCCAGACUGUUGUUGAUGCUGCUAAAGGACAAGACAUCUCCAUUGUGUAUGACCAAGGUGUCCUACAAAAGCCCACCGUCCAUAUCAGAAUUGGGUAUCCUGAGGAAACACACCCAGGGAAGGAUGUAGUUAAGCCUGUUGCUGGUGGAGAAGAUUGGAAAGCCCCCAAGGAAUCCACCUUCCAGCCCGCUGUUGAUGCCACCAAGGAACAAGACUCCUGCGUUGUGCAUGAGGGAAUGGUUAGACAGAAGGCCAUUUUUCAAGGAAGAGCCCCCAGUGAAGCCACAGCUCAGAGAGGUAUGGAUACUGCAGGUGUUGUGCAGUGGAGACAGAACAAAAGGAAAACUUUGAAAAAAGCACAGGAUGAGAUGGUGGAGCAGAACCUCCUGAGUCACGAUGGACCAAGGAGGGAAAAGAGAAGCCACAGAGAACGGAAGAUAGAAAAAUCCAUCGUUCCCCAAAGUGGCUUCUUCACUGAGCAAGGAAACCAACCAGAAAACAGAGAUGCUUUGAGAAUAUCCACAAAGGAGAAAACAAUUCAAAGGGCAGAAUCUGGCGAAAUAAGCAGUGGGAGCAGAAACAAUGGAAACAGCCCCACAUGCCCUACAGAGGUGAAGCGAUUUACUUGUUUGGAGUGUGGAAGGAGCUUCAGGAAUCAGAAGGAGUUUGCUGCCCAUCAGAAGAUUCACACAGGACAGAAAUCACAUAAAUGUGCAGACUGUGGAAAGAGCUUCUGCAGGAAAUGGAACCUUAAAGUACAUAAAAGAACCCACACAGGGGAGAAGCCUUUCAAAUGUUCAAAGUGUGAGAAAAGCUUCACUGACAGCUCAAACCUUACAGUACAUAAGAGAACUCACACAGGGGAGAAACCUUUCAAAUGUUCAAAGUGUGAGAAAAGCUUCACUGACAGCUCAAACCUUACUAUCCAUAAAAGAACUCACACAAGGGAGAAGCCUUACAAGUGUUUGGAGUGUGAUAAAUGUUUCGCACACAGCUCACACCUUACAGUACAUAAAAGAAGGCACACAGGAGAGAAACCCUACAGAUGCCCUGUGUGUAGAAAAAGCUUCCGUGAGAGCGGAGGUCUUUCCAGACAUACAAGGUCUAGCCACACAGGGGAGAAACUGUACAAUUGUGAACAAUGUGGAAAGAGCUUCACCUAUAAAUCAGACCUCAAGAGGCAUCAAAAGCACCACACAAGGGAGACGCCCAACCAGGGUUCAAAUCUCAGUGAGAGUUUAGAUGAUGAAUUGAGACCUCAUGAAAGGGAGAACUCACAGCGGAUGGAAACCAUGUAA